AUGAAUAAAAAAUCGAUCAGUAAGAACUUGCACUCUUCCAUUGAAUCAAAGCCAGAUGAAACUUUUAUAAGCGAAGACGACGUAACAACGCACAAUCAAAAAUUAAAAUCCAAAACUUUUUUGAAAAACUCAGAUAAAUUGGAAACGUUACCGCAGAGUACUGUUUUAAACGAAAAAGGUUCCCUUGAAAGAUUUGAAAGUCAGACAAAUGAUAAGAAAAAAAAAAUCAUUUACAGGUCAGAAAAAGUGAUGGAAGAGAUGAAAAAAGCUGCCCAAUUAAAUGCUCAAGUGAAAGUAAACGUAAGAUUUCUAAAUGAAAGUCAAAUCAGUGGUGGUUUUUUGUCAAACGAUGACGGCGCCAAAAAUUUUACGAAUGAGCAGUCGGAUAGACACGAUAAUUUUUUAUCUGAUGGUUUCUCAAAUUCCUUCAGUCGAAAUGCAAAAAAUGAAUCUGGAAGCAAAAAUUUUACCAUUCCUGAUUGCUCCAAACGUGAACAACGUCAACAAACACAAGGACAAGCGGGAGAUUGCGGACCCGGUAGAUCUGUGUUCGCGAGUUUGUACAAAGACCUGGUUUCUGGUGUGAAAGUUGAAGACACGCAUCUUAGUAGCAAUUGUUCAGAAAAUAACUCCCGUUUGGAACGAGUUGAUUCGAGCAACACUCGCUUUUGUAUUGUAGAAAAAAAUUGUUCAGAAAAAGCGAAUGAACCGAAAAAUUCAAAUAAUUUAGAGACAAAUCAUAUUACCGAACAUAAAUUCACUAUUACUUUAAAAAAUGUAGACAAUGGCUGUGCCCAUUCUGUAAAAAACGAUUUUGUAAAAUCAAAAAAACCGAGAAAAACUUCUGAAUCAUACAGACAAAUUAUCAGAAAGCUUAAAUUAAACAAAUUGCACAAAUCUAAAAAAGAAUUGAAAAAAUGUAAUGCAAAUAUUUUAAAAGUGUUUGCUGACAAAAAUUACAUCCAACAAAAACAUGUGAAAUCUGAAAUUAGUGAAAACUUGAAAUUUGCCUUGAAAUGUAGCAUAGACAAUGAUAGAUGGAAAAAAACCAUUGACACAUCCUUUGAAAAAUCAACUAAUAAAUCAUUUCACAAUAUAUCUGAUCAGACGUUAAAAGCUGAUAUUUGUAAUUCCAAUUGUCAGUCAAAAUUUAAAAAGAAAAAGUUUCUAUCUAACACCAGAUCUCCAGAGCACUCUCGAAACAAAGAUGGAGGUUAUGAUAGUGAUAAAACAGAUAUUUGUGACUACAACGAUGAGAACAAUAAUAGAAACGAUGAACUCCAUCACACUAAUUCUUUAAGCAAUUUGAAAAAGUUGAAUUGUUUGGCAGUUUUAAACUUAAUGCCUUCACAAGAUAUACACAAUUCAAAACUUGCAUUACAGGAUGUCCAUUCCAAGUUGCUGAAUUCAUAUAAAUCAAUUCUUACUGGAAACAAAUGGAAUAUAUUUGAUGAUAAUUUGAAAAUUUAUGGGUUAAAUGAGUACGAUAAAUACUGUAAAUGUGAUUUCACUGAAUUUUCCCAAAAUGAAGAAACUGAAACUUUGCAGAGACAAAAAAUUAAGAGCAGUAUUGAGGACAAAGAUUCAAAUGGUGCUGCUGGCAAUACGAGAUGGUUGAGGCAACAAAAAGCAUAUUACAAGUUCUAUGAAACAGACGAAAUAGAGCAGUAUCAAAAAUAUUCAAUGUUGAAAAUGAAAAAGUUGAAGGCAGAAAAAAAGAUGCAAGGGCAGGAAACCAUUGAUAAAAAGUUCGAUAAAGAUCCAUUGAAGUAUGAGAAAGACCCACUUGGCAUUGAAGACCCAGGGAUGAAAGAUACUGAUGAGUUAACUAAUGGAAAUCUUGUUAUAAAUAUUAUUACAAGUCAUAGUAAUGAUCUCUGUGACGAUGAUGAUGAUGAUUAUGAAGGAAAUCUUGUGAUGGAUGAAAAAUCGUUUGAGUCAAAUUCGGAUACCAGUGUUGUAUCCAGUCAAAAUAAGCAGAAAACGUUGUUAACCAAAAAAGUUAAGAGAAAAUUAGACCAUAAUAAAGAACUUUUAUUUUCAGAUGAAAAAACUAAAGUUAAAUACAAGAAAAGGAAAAAUUCAAAAAAGAAUGAUAUCGAAGUGGGUGAAACAAGUUCUAAUGAAACAAAUGAUGAACGGUACCAAGUCUCUCAUACUUCGGGCUCUAAUAAAAUUGAAAAUAAAUCUGAAAGUUUUAUUUUAUCAAGAGAACUGGGUCCAAAUUUUAACUGGCUUGAAAACAAAAUUCAAAAAAAUUAUAAAACAGAUGAUGUGUUGUGUGAUGUUAAUCCAACUGAUAGAAAACUGCAUAAAAUACACAAGAAGAAGAAUAUGUUGGAUCAAAAUGAUGAUUGUUUGAAAAACAAUAAAAGUGAACCAUCUAAUAGCCAUGUGAAUAGUUCAAUUGAUGAUUAUAAUAAGAAAACCUCUGAUGCAAAUUCGAAUAAAGGUGGAUCAUCAAAAUUUAAUGCUUCUACUAAUAAUAUUUGUCUUUCAAAUUCAAAUAAUUUAAAAGAAACUACAUCAGGUGAUGUUAAACUUUCUAAAAGUUUGGAUAGACAACCAACAUCUGCACAUUAUCAAACCAAUACGCAUGAUCAUGACAAAAACAUGUCUGAGCUCAGUAAAUUUAAACGGUCAGAUUGUCAUUCUGAUAAUAAAACUGGUGAGAUUCUGGAAUCAGGAUUCAGACAAGAGGCUAAAGCUAAAACUUUGGUUGGAGAAAAUUACAUUGGUGCAAACAAAGUUAAAAGUAACGAUAAUUUAUCACUACCUGUUAUAAAAUGUAGUGAACUUUUAAAUCAAAGUGAUAUGAUAGAUUACAAGAAAAAGUUAGAAAUUUAUUCAAAGCUCAAACAAAUGUCAGAAGCCAAAAUGCAGGAAAUAAGAAAUUUGGAAUUUGAAAAAGAAAAAGUUAAGAUUGAAUUAUGGAAUUUAUAUAAUAUUCAUCUUAGAGCAGCAGAAAUGGGAAGCAGGACAGAGGAAGCACUCUGUAAUAAAAAUGGAAAUCCCAGUUAUUCAUAUAUCCCCGUACCUUCCCCGCCCCUCAAUAUUGAAACUUCAAACAUUAAAUCUUUGGAGCACUCGUCAUCAGUUAACGUAUCUUCAACCAAUGUUGAAGAAUCUGUUGAUAAAGAUUCAUUGGAGAGACCUUGUGUAGUGUGCGGCCCUGCUAUGCCUCAUCAGAAGUUGUUAUCCUAUGACGCAAAUAAUAACAGUGCAUUACAUCAGCCACGACAUCAGAAUGCAAAUCAGUUGAAUACGUUUCACAUGGAUUUCAUGCUACAACAUCAACUGCUGUCAAAUCAAGCGACUGUUCCAAAGCAGAGUGUUAACGACAAAUCACAAAAUGUAAAGAAUGCUUCAAAUAAAACUCAGCUGGAAAGUUCAAUCGAUGUUUCCGACAAACAUUGGAAAGCAUUGCAUCAUUUGCAAGCUCAACAAAAAUACUUGCCUAACGAUUUACUGUUUGACCAACAGCAGAAACAAAAUUUUGACUCUCUUCAAAGACGAAAGCUCAACAGAGUAGCUUUAUUAUCAAGUUCUCCAACUAAUUGCAAUUCAUCACAGAAUUUGAAUCAUUGGGUAGGAGUCAAUUCCGGAAUAUUUGAUAACCAAAUAGCCUCCCAACCUAUUUCCCCACAAAAUUCCUACUCAAAAAUAGCAGGCGUUGUAGAGUGUAAAUUAUCUGAUCAGUUGAAUCUAAGUCAAUUCAUCAACCAGCAACAACAGUUCAGGCAGCUUCAGCAAAAAAUCUUAUCGCAGCAUGACCACCACAAAUCAAUUACAUAUCAACAACGGUUACAACAACCAAUUCAAAAUGAAGAAAUCAAUGAAAGUAAAACAACGCAGUGCGGUACUUCAACAACUAACCAACAAUUGAGCAGCAGCACGACGUUGAUAAACGAUCCACUGAACAUGUGCUAUACUGUUCAUAAUGAACUUUUGGAGCAGGCUUUCCACAUUCCUACAAAGCACAACUCUCCUCAAAUUCUCCUUCACCACCUUCCAUCUAGCACUUCAUCAUCCAGGUACGAUGAUAAUUUUAGAAUUUCAUCAAGUAAAGCUCAAAAGUCAGUGAAUUCCUCCAUAAACGCAGACAACGAUUCGAAUACUGAGUUUCAUAUUUUGCAGAAACAAGUAGAUGUAGUCGACAUAAAGCCUAUUCUUGAUCUGUCUAACAAAUCAAACGUAUCCAUUUUUUCUAAAAAUAUGACCUCUCCUGCCAACAACUGCUCGAAUGUCGAAGCAUCUCCAGAGACUAUAGCAUUAGAUUUGUCAAAAGAAAGCCACCUCACGCCUCUCAAUUUGAAAAUCAACAUAAACAGCAACAAAGAUGUUGAAGUAGCUUCACCAAUUGAAUCCUCAAAAGAAAAUAAUUCUACCAAUAAUAAAAGCCCAUCUCCAUCUGCAAACGUUAAGAACAAAGUUGAUUCAUUUGUUACAGCUGAUACAUCAAAACAUUCCUUGAAACAAAAACUAUCGACAGUUCUCGGAACAGGUGUUAGACGUCCUCUUUCGAGACCGAGAUCUUGUGAGCCGGUUAGAGGCAACACUGACUCUUUUGAGAGAUUUUUGAAGAGACAAACAUCAAUUUUGGCACAAACAACGAUUUCAUUAGUGACUACUCAUACAGAAACUUGCUUAUCUAGUUCUUGCACAACCACAUUUUCUCCGUUACCCCAUAAUAUUCAGCCGACUAUCGCUAUGGUGACCAAUUCAUCUAUUAAUGUUACAGAGGAAGAUAAAUUUAUUUCGAAAUCUGAUGUUCUAGUAAAAAAUGUUUCAACCCUUUCUAAAGCCGAUAUUUCAACAGCUAGUAUAUACCAGGCUAUAAGCAAUGUGGUAGAUGCCGAUCAAAGUGAAGUUUUAUUGGAUCUUUGCUUGAAAGAUCAAUCAGCAUCACCUGCCACAAUUGCAGCUCCCGUCACUAAAGAAUCUAUCAUUAAAAUUUUUGAUUCUUCAGUAGCUUCUUCAUCACCAGAAACUCAAAAAAUUACUGCUGAUAAGACAUCUCUUGUCUCCAUAAGUUCUGUUAGUACAGUAGUCACUGUAUCCACAACCCCUGUCAAAUUAGUGAGCAAGCCUGUGAUAGAUUUAACAGAUGAUUUGAAUAUUCCAACCACACACUGCCAGGAGAAGGUUGUCAGUCCUCAACUGGCAUCCAGUACAGGUCAGUAUGCAACUAACAAUCAAAAUAAACUUAAGAAAUAUUCAUCACCUGCCCUUGCUAAUGCAGUUGCUUUUGAAAACAUUACCACUGAUGUUGCCAGCAAUGUUGUUCAACUAAAAGCUCGAAAUGGCAUUAGUAAUUUAACAUUAGAGCCAAAAAAUAGACCUCAAGAAAUGAUUACCAUGAAACCGAUGAAAAUGCAAGCUAGCCAGCAACAGCUUUUACAACAAAAUUCGUUGCUGAGACUGACAUCACCUCAACAAUUACAACAGUCUAAUGUAAACUUUGUAGAAUUAUUACAGCAGCAACAACAAUCUCUACAGCAGUACGUACAACAACCACCCCAACAAUAUUUGCAGCAGCAAGCACAGCAUAUUAUUCAGCAACAGCCGCAGUUUCCAUACCAACAAUCAAUGUCAUCCAUGUCAAACCUUUCUCUCAAUCAAUCAACGCUGCCAUACUUUUCCAUGAAGCAACAACAACAACAGCAGCAGCAGCAGCAACAAACCAUGCUUGCACAACCGAAAGCUAGAAGACAACACGAAUCGCCCAUCGUCAUAUCUCCUCCUCCGGCAUUCCUCGAUGGGACAACUUCCAACGCAACUCUCCCCGCCACUGUUCCUCCACACAUUAAAAAGUUUGCAUACUCGCAGAAGCCACACUUCCUCGAUUACCCCCAGCAACAAAUGCAAAAGCAAGUAUUUCCUAACGUUAACUACCUUCAAAAGCCAAUUCCCAUAAGGAGCAGCGUUAUUAAUAAUAACAGCAGUAACAUUCCAAAUAGCAACAUUAAUGCUUUCAAACAGAACAUGUUGAAUUUAUUGAACGAUAAACGUCUGUUGCAGCAGCAGCAAGUUAUGCAACCAAACCAGUACUUAAUGACCGAGCAGCAACAUCUUCUACAGAAACAUCAAUUCUUACAACAACAACUAAAUUUUUCUCAACAGCAACAACAACAACAGCAACAAACACAGCAACAACAGCAGCAACAUAUAUGCUCGAACUGCUUUCAAUCUGCCAAGUUUAUCUGUUCCGCAUGCAGGAAAGUAUCGUACUGUUCCAGGGAGUGCCAAGCUGACUCUUGGGAGAAAGGUCACAAAAAUGACUGCAAACCUAUUUAA